GCAGAUUUUGAACGGUGAAGGCAGUCAGCAGUGCGCUCGCUCGCUCGCUCGCUCGCGCGCUGCACUUUUUAGGCGUAAUAUUUUUAGGCGGGUAACUAUCCGAAAGAAAGAUGACAGAAGAGUCGGCCGUUAAGGUCUGUGUUCGAGUCCGCCCGCUCAUAGCGAGGGAAGAGGGUGCAGAGAACACAGAGCCUGUCGAGCUGUUUUGGAAAGCAGAUAAGAAAUCAAUUCAUCAGAUCGAUGAUGGGAAUUCCACUAAGAGCUUUAGUUUCGACCGAGUGUUCACUGCUGAAGAAACGACCAACCAGCUGUACCAGGACAUCGCAAAGCCUCUGGUCGUUUCAUCUGUUCAAGGAUACAAUGGCACCAUAUUUGCUUAUGGGCAGACUUCUUCUGGUAAGACUUUCACCAUGAUGGGGAGUGAUCGCUUUCCUGGCGUGAUUCCGCUCGCUGUGGAAGACGUCUUCCAAACCAUUAAAAACUGUCCAAAGAAGGAGUUCCUUCUCAGGGUUUCUUACAUGGAGAUCUACAAUGAAACAGUGACUGAUCUGCUCGUUGACAGCUGGAAAAGAAAACCACUGGAAGUCCGAGAGACAAUCAAUAAAAACAUCUUUGUGGCUGACCUCACGGAGGAGCUGGUUACCUCUCCUGCACAAGCCCUGGCCUGGAUUCGCAAAGGAGAAAAGAACCGUCACUACGGAAAGACAAAGAUGAACCAGCGGAGCAGUCGUUCACACACCAUUUUUCGAAUGAUCCUGGAGAGUCGAGAGAGAAGUGACCCAGCGUCAGGGGAAAACGCUGACGGAGCCAUUAUCGUGUCUCAUUUGAAUUUAGUUGAUCUAGCUGGAUCUGAGAGAGCAAGUCAAACAGGAGCUGAAGGCGCGCGCUUCAAAGAAGGCUGCAACAUUAACCGCAGCCUGUUCACACUCGGCCAAGUGAUCAAGAAGCUGACUGACGAAAGCCAAAAGGGCUUCACCAACUACAGAGACAGUAAGCUGACCCGCAUCCUGCAGAACUCCUUGGGUGGGAACGCUAAAACUGUCAUCAUCUGCACUAUUACUCCUGUCACUCUGGAUGAGACACUUAGCACUCUUCAGUUUGCCAGCACUGCAAAGAAAAUGAAGAACGACCCUCAUGUGACAGAGGUGUCUGAUGACGGUGCCCUGCUCAAAAGAUAUCGCAAUGAAAUCGUGGACCUCAAGCGACGGCUUCAUGAGGUUUCUUCAGUCACACAGACCACAGCGACGGAAAAGGAGGUUCUCUCCCAGCUGCUCCAAGAAAAGGAUCAGCUCCAGAGAGAGCAGGAGGACAGGAUCAAAAACUUAACCAAACUUCUUGUCACCAGCUCAAACCUGGUUCCUGUUCACAAGAUGCCCAAACGCAGGGUUACGUGGGGAGGAAAGAUGCUCAGACUUGCCCGUCCGUCCAUCUGUGGCGGCUCAUCGGACCUCAGCUUUGCAGAAUCGUUUAGUCGGAAGAGGAAAGCAGACUGCUCCUGUCUGAUGGAGCUGGGCGAAGAUGAUGAGGACUUUGACUCUCAGUGGGAGAUUCCGGAUGAGCCACCAGAUGACAUGGAGAUGAGUCAGAGCUCUGUGACCAUGCAAAGCUUUGGAGACAGUCCUAAAGACUUUGUGUCUCCAGACCGGAUGCGUGAGCUUUCAGGGAAAGUGUCCAACCUUGAGCAGCAGCUGGAAAUUGUGAGUCAACAGAAAGAGGAGGCCAUAACAAAGAUCGAAACAUUAGAUGGCAGAGUGGCCGAGCUGGAGCUGCAGCUCCAAACAGAAGCCCAGCAGAAACAUGAGGCCCUGGAGAAAAUCCAGACCGUGGACCAGAAGGCAGCCGAGCUGCAGCUGCAGGCAGAGGCUGAGCAGAAACAUAAGGCUGCAGAAAAGGUGGAGAUGUUGGAGUUCCAGGUGGGAGACCUGGAGAGACGGCUGGAAGAGCAGAGCCACACUGAGAGUGGAACUGAUGAACAGAUGAGGAGAGCGUUUGCAGAGACCAUCCAGCUGUGUGAAACUCUGGCCUCAGAGAAGGACAUGGUGGCUGGUGAGAGGGACUAUCUGAAGCAGGAGCUGGGGAUGUUCAUCGAGCAGAUUGAAAGUCUGGAGAAAGAGAAAGCCACUCUGUCACAGGAGCUGAAGGAGGGGAGAGAGCUGGACGAGUUCAAGUCUCUGGAGGAGGAGUUCAGGAAAGAGCAUGAGAAUGAGUUGCAGAAUGAAAUCUCUAGCUUGAAGAAGGCCGUAGAAUCCUCUAAGCUGCAGUGCCAGGAGCUUCAAAACAAACUAGAAACUCUGUCUGAGGAGCUGAAGAGGAAAGGUGACUUUGUGGAGGAACUUCAGAGUAUGAACGGAAAGGACUUGGUGCAGGAGGUGGCGAAGCUCCGUCGCUCUCUGGAUGAUGCUGAAGGACUCAGCAGAGACACCAAGAAGGAAUGGGCUGUCCUGCGCAGUCAAAACAUUGCUUUGGAGGAGACGACUAUGACUCUGACUGCCAGCUAUGAGAAGCUGGACACUGAGGUGACCAGCCUGCGUGCUCAACUUGAGACAGAGAAGUCCCGCUAUAGAAAGAUGCAGAACGAUCUCCAAAAAGAGCUGAAUGUUGCGUUUAAUGAGAACACCAAGCUCACCACUCUGCUCGAUGGAAAAGUCCCAAAAAAUCUCAUAGACAGCGUGGAACUUGAGAGAACAGUGGCUAACCUGACGAAGCAGGUGUGUGAGUUGACCAAGGAGCUAUGCGCUGUUCAGACUCACAGAGACAACCUGCUCUCAGCCCAAACUCUGCACCAGGACGAGGCUCAGCAGCUCAGAGACUCCCUGCAGACGUCCCAGGAUGAGAAUCUAAAAAUCCGAGCAGACUUUAGUGCUGCUGUGCUGAGGGAGCAGGAGCUGAGCCAGCAGCUCAUGGUCACCAUUGAAGAGACAGGCCUGAAACUGGAGGAGCAUGAACGACACAGAGCAUCACUGGAAGAAAAACUGAACGAGGCGCUGCAGCUAGUGAAGGAUUUGGAGGAGAAGCUUGCUGACAGUGAAGUUUCCAGAAGCACAGAGGAGGAGAUCAGCAAAGAACUCCAAGAACAACUGAAUCAGCUGACUGAAGAGCUUCAGUGUGUGCAAGCUGAGAAGGAGCAGAGUGCCAGAGUUCAAAGCUCUGCAGAGGAGAUGGAGAAGCUGCUCUCUACAGUCACAUCUCUGACUGCAGAGAGAGACCAGCUCAGGAAUGAGCUGCAGAUGGCUGUAGAGACGCAAGUUCUUCUUCAGUCUCUUCAGGACGAGCUCCAGGAGCAGAGGCAGAAGACCUCAGAUCAGGUUAAACUCAUCGAGCAGAAGGAAUCUGAUCAGAUUCUGAGUCUGUCACAGGAGCUUCAGUGUGUGCGAUCUGAGAAAGACGCUUUCCAGACGGCGGGUGUUCAGAGCUCUGAUGGAGAGAUGGAGAAGCUGCUGUCUGCUGUGGCUUCUAUCACUGCAGAAAGAGACCAGCUCAAGAUAGACCUGCAGGAAAAUGUGGACAUGAUGAUUGAGAAUCAGGACGAGCUGAGGGCAGCUCUGGAGAAGAACUGUGAACAGAAGGAACGCAUCAAACAGCUGGAGACUGCACAAAAAUCCCAACAGGAUGCACCUCCCAGGGAUCUGAGUGAGCAGCAAGAAGAGUUGCAAACACAAAUAAAGACUCUGACUGAGCAGCUUGAGAGUGCUCAAGCAGAAAGAGACAGUCUGCUGUCUGAGAAGGAGGCUGGCGGUCAGACCUCCACAGAGGAGAUGGAGAAGCUGCUGUGCAGAGUGACGUCUCUCAGUGAGGAGAGAGAUCAGCUGCAGGAGAUCCUGGAGGGACUGAGACAGGAGAAGAAUGAGCUCAGAGCACAGCUGGAGACACCUAAUUGGACUGUUUUCUGGAUAUCGGCUAGUAACACCAGAACUCCUAAAACACUGCUGUUGUCUCUGUCACAGAUGUGGACUCUAACGGAGAAACUGAGGAGCAUUGAAGCAGAGAGAGACAGUCUGCUGUCUGAGAAAGAGGCCGGUGGUCAGACCUCCACAGAGGAGAUGGAGAAGCUGCUGUGCAGAGUGACGUCUCUCAGUGAGGAGAGAGAUCAGCUGCAGGAGAUCCUGGAGGGACUGAGACAGGAGAAGAAUGAGCUCAGAGCACAGCUGGAGGACAGCAUGGAGACACAGCAGACUGAGAUAGCCCAGCUGAGUCUGUGUCUGCAGACUGUCACUGAGCACAAGAAACAGCUGGAAGAUGAUCUGCAGCAGAGCACCAACACGGCUUCCAUGACACAAGAGCUUCUGACGUCCAUCCAAGAGGAGCUGUGUGAGCAGAGGCAGAUGAACUCUGAUCUGCAGAAACUGAGUGAAGAAAAAGAAUGCUGUUCUGAUCAGCAGAUCAAGAAUUUAACUCAGAAACUCAGGAGCAUUGAAGCAGAGAGAGACAAUCUGCUGUCUGAGAAGGAGGCUGGCGGUCAGACCUCCACAGAGGAGAUGGAGAAGCUGCUGUGCAGAGUGACGUCUCUCAGUGAGGAGAGAGAUCAGCUGCAGGAGAUCCUGGAGGGACUGAGACAGGAGAAGAAUGAGCUCAGAGCACAGCUGGAGGACAGCAUGGAGACACAGCAGACUGAGAUGUGGACUCUAACGGAGAAACUCAGGAGCAUUGAAGCAGAGAGAGACAGUCUGCUGUCUGAGAAAGAGGCCGGUGGUCAGACCUCCACAGAGGAGAUGGAGAAGCUGCUGUGCAGAGUGACGUCUCUCAGUGAGGAGAGAGAUCAGCUGCAGGAGAUCCUGGAGGGACUGAGACAGGAGAAGAAUGAGCUCAGAGCACAGCUGGAGGACAGCAUGGAGACACAGCAGACUGAGAUGUGGACUCUAACGGAGAAACUCAGGAGCGUUGAAGCAGAGAGAGACAAUCUGCUGUCUGAGAAGGAGGCUGGCGGUCAGACCUCCACAGAGGAGAUGGAGAAGCUGCUGUGCAGAGUGACGUCUCUCAGUGAGGAGAGAGAUCAGCUGCAGGAGAUCCUGGAGGGACUGAGACAGGAGAAGAAUGAGCUCAGAGCACAGCUGGAGGACAGCAUGGAGACACAGCAGACUGAGGUGAAAACCCUAACGGAGAAACUGAGGAGCACUGAAGCAGAGAGAGACAGUCUGCUGUCUGAGAAGGAGGCUGGUGCUCAGGGAGAUCAGCUGCAGGAGAUCCUGGAGGGACUGACACAGGAGAAGAAUGAGCUCGGAGCACAGCUGGAGGACAGCAUGGAGAUGAUCUCAGCCAUGCAGGAGAAGCUGAACAUGCUGCAGGCUGAGAGAGGAGAGCAAGAGGCCAAGCUGCAACAAGAAGUGCAGCAGCUCGAGCAGAAGCUUCAGAUGUCCAGAGAGAAACAAACAUGCGUUGAAGCACAAGCCGACACGUCACAGCAGUUGCUGAGUGAAGCGAACACGACCAUCUCAGCACUCCGACAGCAGCUGAGCAGUUUGGCUCAGAGCGCUGGUGGGGUGAAGGAGACGCUGACAUCACGGCUGCAGGACUCUACUGGGCAGCUUCAGGAGUCCUUCAAGAGAUUCCAGCACUUUGUAGACACUUGUUCUAAGUAUAACUCAUCAGUUCUGGAGAAAGCCCUGAGAGUGCAGUGUUCCCUGAAGAACCCUUAUAUGACCCCUCUACCAAAACCCACCAUGGAUACCUACAGCACUCUCUGCCAGCUGGGAGUGCAGACUGUCCAGAGUCUGGGCAACAUUAUGGAACACCUCCAGGUGCGAGCACAGGGCUAUAGGAAUCUGUUUGAGGAGCUGGUGAAGAAAGACCUGGCUGUUUUUGAGGAGAGGCGUCUGCAAGACGUGCUGCUGUGCAGAGUGCAGGCACCCAGCCUCUCUGUGAAGGACGAGGACUUCCACGCACUGUGGGAGGCCAGACUGACCGAGCUGCUGGACAAGAGGAGUCUCUACCUGCAGAAAAUGGGCAGCAUCUCAGAGAAGCUCUGGGCCAGCGUGGCCUUCUUCCCCAGUGAGCUGUCGAUUGAGGUCAGAGAGAGGGAGAGGUUCACAGAGCAGCUGCAGGCCGUGUUCAAGCAGCCAGUCAGCUACAGCAAGUUGGACAGCGUCCUGAGCUGCGAGAUGGAGCGCAGAUCUGCGGUGGUGAACAGCAGGAAGAGGACUCUGCAGGGCAUCAUUGAUGAACAGAGUGUGUUUGAUGAGCUGAAGCAGCUGCAGGCUCAGGCUGAUUCUCAACUCAGAGAGGUGAGAAGCAAGAAUUCCACUGUGCUGCAGGCGCUGGAGGGAGCUCCUGUGAAGACAGAGCUGUCCCUGCUGAAGGACAACCAGCAGCUGCAGCUUCAGCUCCAGACCACUGCAGAAAAAGUCAAGGCUUUGUGUGCAAAGAACGAGCAGCUGGAGGACUCCCAGAUCAAAGCCAACAACACGGUCUCCAACCACAAACAGGCCACCCAGCUCCUGCAGACCAAGCUGCAGGACACCCGAGCACAGGUGGAGGAGAAGGAGAGCAUGAUCCAAACCCUCAGGAGCAAACUGCGAGAGUCUGAGAAAAAUGCAUCACCAAGCGCUGCUCAGCUGGAAAAACUACAGAAUAAACUGUUCAAAAUGGAGGUGGAACUGACUUCAACAUCUGAUAAACACCAGCAAGAGAUCCAGAGGAUGACCACAUUGCUCAAUGAAAAGGAAGAUUCAGUGAGGAAGCUGAAGGAGGCCUUGAGGAAAACACAGCAACAAGGAGAGGAGUCGUUCCUGCAGGGUGUAGACCUUCAUGCUAGACUGACCAACCCUAGAGGUGUAGUGAUCAAGAGCAGCAUCCUGCAGGAGAAGACCAAGCUGGAGGAGGAAGUCAAACAUCUUCAGCUGAAAAUCACAGAGCUGGAAAGCUUGGUGUCCAAUCAGCAUGCAGAGAUCAGCAAGUGGAAGAGCAGAGCCAUCAGGCUGAAGGUGAAGACUAAGUCUGAGAUGGACAGGCCUCCCUCACCCUGCACUCCCACCAAGAGGGGCCUCCCCAUGACCUCUGACUCCAACUUCCUUAACUCACCCAAGAAGUUUCUGGUUACUCCCAAGAAGGUCAUGGCCUCCCCCAGGAAAGUACUUGACUCCCCCAGGAAGGGUUUGGAGUCUCCCAGGAAGCUGCUUGACUCUCCCAAGGUCUCUCUGCUUGACUCCCCCAAAAGCAGCUUCUUUGAUGUGGGUGGAAGUUCAGAGCUGCUGUCCAGAACCUAUCCUAAGCAGUUCUUUGAUAAUUCCAGUCUUGGGACCAUUCCAGAGGUUUCCAAUGUUCCUGAAACAUCAGAUGCAGAGAAGGAUGCCGCUGUGGGAGCAGACAGAAAGGAGGAGUGGUGGCCUCGGUCUCCAAAGCAAGAAGAGAUGUGUAAAACCCAGUGAAAUGUUCCCCUUGUGUGCAAUAUUAUUCAAAUGUCUUUGUCUUUUUAACGUUUUAGAGUUUUUUUGCAAUAAAGCUUCAUAACUACA